AUGGGUCGGGAGUGGAAAGGGUUAGGAGUGCACAUCGGGGCUAAGAGGCCACCCCCAGCCCCGGGGUUCACCGGGCACCCGAGUCUGGAGCCUGGAGAGGUGGAGGGGCGCGGCUCCCGGGGCGGGACUGGAGGGGGCCGGGCGGCUCCUCCCCUGCCUCCGCCGCCUUGGGUCGGGGCGCGGGGCCGGGCGCCGCGGGAGCCGCAGCCUUUUCCGGGGGGCGGGCCCGGCGGCGGCAGCGCCCGGCUCCUGCCCCGACAGGUGCGCGCCGCGCGCAGGAAUGCGGCGGGCCUGACUCACCAGCGCCUCCUUCCUACCUGCCGCCCGGCCCAUAAAGCGGUCCCCUCCCCGCCGCCGCCGCCCGCCGCCCGCCCUCCCAGCCGUCCGCCCUCCGACCGUUCCGACUCGCUCGCGCGCUGCAGCCGGAGCCGCCGAGCGGAGCCCAGCGCGGGCGCCAAGGUGGGUCCAACCUGGGACUCCGGCAAGCGCCAGGGGCGGGAGAGCAGUCGGGGGUCGCGGGCCGCACGCCCCUGCAGUGCCCCAGACCCCCGCGGCUGGGCGUCCAUCCUGGGACCUCAGAGGAGAGGGAAGGACUUUGAGUGCGAACCCCAGCCUGGGCAGCCGCGCAGGGGAGCCGAUGGGUGGGCCGGGUAG